GAACCACCAACCUCGGUGUCAAAUUGAAAGUUGAAAUAAAGUUGCAGCUCAGGAUUUUGAACUACAACUACACUGAAGCAUACGAGAACAAGUCGUCUCCAGAAUAUCAGAAAUUCGAGAAAAACUUCACAGGCGAGAUGGAUAAAGUGUUUUCAAGUAUUCCUGGUUACAUACGAACUGAAUUAUUGAACGUGACGUAUGGUAGUUUGAAAGUGAAGUUUAAAGUCAUCAUCAAGUACACAGUAAACACGAGUAAGGAAUCCGAGACAAACGCUAAAGUUUUGGUGGGAAAGCAGAUCAUCGUGAGAGCGAAGACGGGUUUCGUGGAGAGCCUCGAGGUGGACCGAUCACCAGAAGCGUUCCAGAUAGAAAGUGCCCCUCCAGCCCCCAGUAGAGUAAACUUGACGGAUCUCACUUAUAACGGAGCAGUCGUUGAGUGGCUUCCACCUCCGGAUUACGAAUAUUACGGCAUCACCGCCUACAGAGUUAUGUACUGGGCACACGGCGAGAAACAUAAUGCCGAGAAUAAAACAAGUAAAGGGACAAACUACAGAAUCACAGGACUAGAGUCAAAGAGAAGCUUCAAUGGCCACGUGUAUGCCACCAAUCUGUACGGCAAAGGGCUUGAAUCAGAAUUCAACUUCAUCACAAAGAAAGCGCCAAUGGCUGACUGGCUGAUCAUCGUGAUCGCCAUAUCUUCUGUCCUGGGUCUCGUCAUUCUCAUAGCAAUACUUUGUCUUUGCAUCCGGCGUUGCCGCCAUGAUGAGGGGCGAUUAGAGGCGAUUAAUAUGGACUGGAAAGAUGCCAGAGAACAAUACGUCAUGAAAAACUUACACGCUGACGAAGGGGUGAUCUCUUACCGUAACCCCGCCACACUACCCGUGCCGUGCCAGGUAAUACCCACUAGUAACAUCAUACUGCAUGAGUACCUUGGCUCUGGAGAGUUCGGUGUCGUCACGCGUGGGGUGAUGACCACAGAUGAUGGGCGUACUGUUGAUUGUGCGGUUAAAUCCAUCAAAGGUUUCGCAAGCGAGGAGGCUCUCCGUGAUCUGGUGCAGGAGCUGGAGCUUAUGCACAGUGUCGGUCACCACCGCAACCUGCUCAACCUGAUAGGAGCCUGCACUGAUUCAGAGAAACUGAUGAUCAUCGUGGAGUUUGCGAAUGACGGGUGUCUGCUAGACCUGCUGCACCAGGCUCGCGGUGAUCUCCAGUCUCCACGCAUCUAUCAAAACAUUGAGCCACGACACAGUGAGGUCGUGCUCGGUCAGACCAGACGGUUGGAGAUAGCGCUGGAUGUCGCACAGGGGAUGGACUACUUAGCAAGCAAACGGUGUGUCCAUCGGGACUUGGCGGCAAGGAACGUGUUAAUUGCCGAUGGUGUUGCCAAGGUAGCGGAUUUUGGGCUCUCGCGGAACAUCUACGAGACAGGAGAAUACGAGAAGACCACUAGGGGCAAACUACCGACAAGAUGGAUGUCUUUGGAAUCUCUUGAAACCAGAAAGUUCACCCUGGAAAGUGAUGUCUGGUCUUACGGAGUCCUGUUGUGGGAGAUCGAGACGCGUGGGCUCACGCCUAACGCUGGGCUGAAUUACCGAGAGAUGAUCGCUAGAUAUAGGAAGGGAUACAGACUGGAGCGCCCACCAGAUUGCGACCAAGGCCUGUAA